AUGCAGACUUCCUUGUCCCCCGAAGUCCCCCCGCCUCCGGGCAGCGUCCACAGCAAUGGAUCGCCGAACAAUUUGAGCAUGGUCGCCGACUCGACCUCACCGAGCGACGGCGACUCCCCCAACGCACCGUCCUCGGCGACCAGCAACCAGGGCCAAGCGCCCGUCGUCGCUGUUCCAGCUGCAUGUCUCGCCUGCUCCGAAUGCGUCUAUGUCGCCUCCCGUCGCGGCUACAAGGGCCCGAGGAGGAACACGGCCGCCAACCCCAAUAAGAGAGCUCGAUCUUCGUCCCCCACGUCUACCGUCAAUGGUGCCGACAGCUGUCCAAUGCUUCUUGGCGCCAAUGGCACUUCCGCCGCGAUGCAGAAUUCCAUGGCCACCUUUAAUCCCGGUGUCGGCCUGCCAGACACUCCAAACACCAAUUUCACAGCAACGCCCAAUCUCACGAACCUGCAGCUCUACCGCUCCUUCGGUGCUGCAAUUGGCUUCAACUCGAACCAUUUGGCACUCGGCCAGCCCCAAAAUGGAGUUCCCGCUCAGGUGCCCGUACCAACACUCGCAGAACGAUGUCUUGACUCCUACUAUGCCCACUUCCAUGCCUGCCACCCAUUCGUGCUUCCUAAAGAAUGGCUCCUUCGUAUCAUGAGAGAUACCAACGUCGAGCCUCUUUUGGCCGCCAUCCGAUGGAUUGGCUCCCUGUACCUUGAAGUCGGUCCCGCUCGCGCGGGUUUUCUGGAUGAAGCCCUGCGUCUCGUCCAAGACCCCACUACCAGUCGAGACGGUUUCCUCGUCCAAGCCCUGAUUUUGUUGAUCGUCGGACUGGAUGGCGACUGCGACCAAGAAAAGGCGCGCAACUUGCUCGGUGAAGCUGAGCGAGUUGCACUCGAACUGGGCUUGAACACUCGAGAAUACGCGGCACAAUUCGGCCGCGGCAUUCCGGUCCUCGAGGAGAGUUGGCGCAGAACUUGGUGGGACUUGUUUGUGGUGGAUGGCAUGGUUGCUGGUGUCCAUCGCCAGACCAACUUUCUUCUCUAUGACGUCCCAGCCGAUGCUGCUUUGCCCUGCGAAGAACACCAGUACCUCUCAGGCAAUAUUCCUCCACCGAUGAGUCUAGUUGACUUGGAAGACAAAGACUUCUCCGGUGAAGACCGAGAGUUUUCCUCGUUUGCGUAUCGAAUUUUGGCCGGCCGCAACUUGGGCAAGUUCAUGAGAGUCCCGCCCAUAUUCGGCCCCGAUGACGAAAACCUGGCGCGGAUCGAGGCUCUGCUCACAAAUUGGCGGCUUCAUCUCCCUUCGUCCAAGAAGGACGCAUUGGACCAAAAGCUGCAGUCUGAUGAGAUGAUUUUCCAGGCAAACAUGAUGAACAAUGCAAUCACCAUCAUGCUCCAUCAGCCGUGGUCACAGCUCGACUCAUCCCCUACCCGGUCCGUCACGUCUUGCGCGCCGCAUCGUCCGGUUCCAUCGGGAGACCUGUUCAAUUCUCACACCAACCACACGAUCAUCGCGGCUGCUGAGAUCAGCAAGAUGAUUACCCACCGCGUGCCGUUGCUCUCACACACGCACUUCUUCACCUGCGUCGUGACGCUUUCCUCAAUUGUGCAUCUGAGCAAGUGGGCAUUGUUUUUCAUCCCCCACGACGACGACGAGUUGCGACAGCAGAUCCGAUUGAACAUUGGCGCCUUGAACAAACUCUCGUCAGUCUGGAAGGCGGCGGGAAGAGCCUCGGGGCAAGUCAAGGGCGUCGCUCAGGAGAUUUACCGCACCAAGAAGGCGUCACAAAUCAACCCCACCUACUGGCAGGGCUUUACACAGGAAGAGGUUAUGCACAGCAUCGCAGCCGACGAGACGAUUAUGCAUGACAUUGAGGAGGGGCUCGGGUCUAUUCCCCUGCCAAACCUGGACAACUUGGAGUCAUAG